AUGUUGCGUCAUUCGCUUCGCUGCACCGCCUCCACCCUGCAGCAGCGCGCGUCACCAGUUGCUGCUCGCGCACUGAGCUCUUCAGCUGCCAAUGCCGAGUACGACUACGUGAUCGUAGGCGGCGGUUCUGCCGGCUGUGUGCUAGCCAACCGCUUGACGGAGGACCCGAGCAACAAGGUGCUCCUGGUCGAGACGGGCCCGGAUGACCGCACCAAAUGGGACUCGUGGAAGAUCCACAUGCCCGCUGCUCUCACGUACAACUUGGCCAACGAAAAGUACAACUGGUUCUAUCACACGGAGCCGCAGAAGCACCUGAACGGCCGUAGUCUGCCUUGGCCACGGGGUCGCGUGCUCGGCGGCUCAUCGUCACUGAACGCCAUGGUCUACAUCCGUGGCCACGCGUAUGACUAUGACGACUGGCAGCAGAGCGGCGCCGACGGAUGGAGCUACGCUGACUGUCUGCCUUACUUCCGCAAGGCUCAGAACCACGAGCUCGGUCCUGACGACUACCGUGGAGGCGACGGCCCGUUGAACGUCAUCCGCGGCAACCAGAAGGACCAAAUUCUAUUCAAAAAGUUCAUUGACGCUGGCGUGCAGGCUGGUUAUCCUUUCACGGAAGACAUGAACGGAUAUCAGCAGGAAGGAUUUGGUUGGAUGGACAUGACGGUCUACAAGGGGUUCCGCUGGAGCACAGCCUCCGCCUACCUGCGUCCGGCCAUGAAGCGCCCCAACCUCACGGUCGUCACGGACACUUUUGUGAGUAAAGUGGUGUUUGAAGGCAAGAAGGCUGUCGGCGUGGAGACUGAGGACCGUAAGAAGAAAAAUACGACCCAGCAGGUCCGUGCCGCCAAGGAAGUGAUCUUGUCUGGCGGUGCUAUCAACUCGCCCCAGCUGCUUAUGCUCUCGGGUAUCGGUGAUGCCGAUCACCUGAAAGAAGUGGGUGUGCCGGUGGUGCAGCACUUGCCAGCAGUGGGUCAGAACAUGGAGGACCACUUGGAUCUAUACGUCCAGUACAUGUGCAAGAAGCCCAUCACUCUGCAUAACGCGACCUGGAAGUACCCGCACAAGAUGGUUGCUAUUGGAUUGGAAUGGAUCUUUCGUCAGACUGGCAUGGGAGCGUCAUCCCACCUUGAGUCCGGCGGCUUCAUCCGCAGUGCCCCCGGCAAGCGUCACCCUGACCUGCAGUACCACUUCCUGCCUGGUUCACUGACGGGCCAGCUUACUCCGGGAGCUUACCACGCUAUGCAGGCUCACUGUUCACCGAUGCGCGCUCAGAGCCGUGGCUGGCUGAAAUUGCGUAGCAACGACCCGCACGAGCACCCGAUCAUUGAGCCUAACUACCUGAGUGUGGAACAGGAUCUCGUGGACAUGCGCAAUGGUGUGAAGCUCACGCGUGAAAUUCUGGAGCAGCAGACACUGGACGAGUACCGUGGUGACCCGAUCUCGCCGUCCAAGGACGUCUGGACAGACACCCAGAUUGAUGACUGGAUUCGUGAGCACACGGAGAGUGCCUACCACCCGUCGUGCACCAACCGCAUGGGUGUGAACGAGAACACGGUCGUUGACCCUCAGACGCGUGUACACGGUGUCGAGAACCUGCGCGUCGUGGAUGCGUCCAUCAUGCCCAAUAUCGUGAGCGGCAAUCUUAACGCACCGACAAUUAUGAUUGCUGAGAAGGCUGCCGACAUCAUCCUUGGCAAGACUCCUCUGCCCAAGUCUACGGCACCAGUGUACCAGCCGAAGAACUGGGAGACCAGCCAGAGAUAA